GGAGGUAAACUUCUUCUGAUUAGGCCGAGCUCCCUUCCUACGAGUCUCAAAACUCUCGACACAACAUUGAAACCAAAAAAGCCCACUCGUCUCGCCUUGACAGCCUGUUAACAAUGUUUGUCCCAGACAAAAUUUCCUUUUUCCAGUAAUACCCAACACAAAAUUCCCCCCAAUCACCAUCACACUACAACGCCAUCAAACCAUUCUUCAAAGGACAAAACAGUAAUUUCACAAUUUCACACGUCAAACUCCCUCUAUUCGCCCUCCCCAACAAACCACCUCACCGGAGCUUUCCCCAUUUCUCUUUCUCCAAAUUCAAAAAAAAAAAAAGAGCAGAAAAAUUCAGAUCUACCCAAAGCCACAUUCCCCAAAAAAAAAAAAAAUUAUAUAAGAAAAAAAAAGAAACCCUAAUUUCUCAAUCUCUCUCUCUUCGAUUUCGAUGGGAGAUUUCAAUCUCGCUCUCGUAAUCGUCGCGGUAGUUGUGUGCAUAAUCGUGUUCAUCUUCAAUGUCUACCUUCUCGUCAAUUACCAGCACCCUGACGAUGCGAACCAAGCUUACUUCCCCAAGUUCGUCGUCGUUUUGGGGCUCUCCGUCGCCGCCAUCUCCAUUCUGAUGUUACCGGCCGACGUGGCGAACCGGCAGGCUUGCCAGCACGCGAUAUACAAUGGCGCGUGCAAUCUCACCCUCCCGAUGAAGGAUCUCUGGCUCGCAAUCUAUAUUCUCGACGCCGUGCUCGUUUUCUUCAUUAUCCCCUUCGCUAUGUUCUACUACGAAGGCGACCAGGACAAGAGUGUUGGUAAGAGGAUCACGAGCGCGUUGCUUUGGGUGGGGACUACGGCGAUCGUGUGCGGUCUCGUGCUCGGAAUUUUAUACGGGCUAAUUGGAAAGGUGGACUUCACUGUUAUGCACCUUUCUUCAUCCACAACUAGCUUUCCUAAUUCGUGGGACUUCAGCAGUUCUCAGCCGUGUAUUGGAAGCGGUACACGCCAGUGCUCUGCAUAUUCUGCAAGUGCUUCAUCAGAGAAAACAUGGACUAUGCGCACUACCUUUCCAGAAUAUGUUGUUGCUCUUGCUACCAUUGUUGGAUCCGUACUGUUCGCGAUAUUUGGUGGCGUUGGUAUUGCUUGCCUGCCAUUGGGACUUAUAUUUUCAUUCAUCAGGCGUCCAAAGGCUGUUAUCACUCGCUCACAGUACAUCAAGGAAGCAACCGAACUAGGUAAAAAAGCAAAAGAAUUGAAGAAGGCAGCUGAUUCACUCCAUCAAGAAGAAAGAAGUGGUUCUAAGGGUAGAAAGUGGCGUAAAAAUGUAAAGGCAGUAGAAAAGGAGGUGCUCCAGUUAGAAGAAGAUGUAAAGCUUCUUGAAGAGAUGUACCCUCAAGGAGAAAAGGCUGAGACUUCUUGGGCCAUGACUGUUCUUGGGUACUUGGCAAAACUUGUGUUGGGAAUUUUAGGGUUGAUUGUUUCAGUGGCUUGGGUUGCACAUAUUGUCAUUUAUUUGUUGAUUAGUCCUCCUCUGUCUCCUUUUCUGAAUGAGGUUUUCAUCAAGCUGGACAGUGUCUGGGGUCUUCUGGGUACUGUAGCUUUUGCUUUCUUCUGCUUUUACCUUCUGCUUGCGGUGAUUGCUGGGGCAAUGAUGCUUGGUCUGAGAUUAGUUUUCGUUACGAUUCACCCCAUGAAAUGGGGAGCUACUCUUAUGAACUCUUUUCUCUUUAAUGUUGGUCUUAUUCUCCUUUGCUCCAUCAGUGUGAUUCAGUUCUGCUCUACUGCAUUUGCAUACUAUGCGCAAGCAACUGCAGCACAGGAAAUAUUUGGCCACACGCUGGAAUCUCUUCGUGGAAUUAGAUAUUUGUACAAGUACAAUGUGUUUCAAAUUGCAUUUGUUGCUCUUGCGGGAUUGACCUUUGUGUAUUAUGCUGCCUUUGGAUGGAGAAGAAAAAAACCCAGUGGCAGGUUCCAACUUUCUUCUUGAGGUAUGUUUUGCCUAGAAGAGCGUGCACCCACCUGGAGGCAUCAGAAUUCUCAUUUUUAUCAUCUCUUUUGAAGUAUUUUUCAUAUCGGAUGUGUGGCCUAGUUUUGUUCUAUGCUGGAAGGUCAGAUUUGAAGUUCAGAGAAUUAGGCAGAUAUCAUCUGAGUUCAACUGGAUUAAUGCAGUGAGAGUGGGAUGGUGAGUGCUGCUCAUGCCAUUGUUGUUUCUGUUUGUUUUCUCCCUUUUGUAUGUAUUAAUCCUUUGUUUGACUUGUGUUAUACGAUGGCUUGGGCAUGUAAUUGAGAUACCUUCUGCACGUGGCAACCAGGUUUAGAGAACCAUCCUUGAUGUAAUAUAACCAUUGAGCACAAAAAGUUGUAUGAGCAGCCAUUUAUUUUCAUAACUUAGUGUGUAUUAUUUGCCUUGUAUUUUAAAUUUAUUUGGUGAAAAGUAUUAGAAAGGUUCAUCAGAAGGAAUAUGUGUACCAAGGAUGAUUAUGAAAGGUAUUUGAGUUGAUUUAACUGGUUCUGAAUUCCAGCUUACCAGGUCAUGUUU